AUGAUCACUAUCAAGCAUAUGAUCGCAACGACGCUCGUCCUCUUCGUUCCCACGGUCUACUAUCUUGGCUGGCAGACCUACCGCCACGACAUUAAUGCUACCUCCACAGUCACAAACAUCCUCGACGAUGUACGUGAUGGCUGGUUCGAUCUCGGCCACGAAGCACAAGAUGCCGUGAAGGCUCUCAGGUCGAAUCUAGACAGCAUCGACCUCUCGUCCGCUCGCGAAGAACUUGCCAACAUCGAGCAGGAUAUGAAGAACGCUAUCGGCCACAUGGACAUUAUCGAGUUUGAGAAAUGGCUAGUCAAUAACACAGUGACAGGAAUGAAAGAUACACUAGCCGAGCUCCAAGCGAUCGAGUGGAAAGAUGCUCCUGCCAAUAUCACGAAAUACGUCGAGGAGCAUCCAUAUGAGACGGCGUUCUAUGUCAUCGAGACCGUCAUCUUGUUCGUCCCAGGCGGAUUCUGGGGACCAGUUCUCAAGGCCAUCGGCUUCACCAGACUUGGUGUUCGUGCACGCUCAAUCGCCGCACUGCUCCAGUCAAAGAUUGGCGCGAGAGUGCCUGCCCGUGGGUGGUUCGCGCAUCUGGUCAGUGCAGCCAUGGGUGGCUAUGGCCGCAAGCUUCUCGAUGGGUGGACGAGAAUCGGCGUCAAGUUCGCUGGAUGGCUAGGCUUCCUCGCUGGUCGUAAGAGUGGCUGA